AUUCCCUGAUUAGUGAUUCCCACUUCCCAGUUCCCAGAAAGCAUCCAUUCUAUUGAUAUGAAUGAAGUUUGUUCGUAGAUUAAUAAUUUGAGAGGCUGAAACUUGUGUUUAUAACUUUGGAUUAAGUUUAUGUAUUAUUUUUUUGAAAGCUUUUCGCAAUAGUUUUCAAUAUUAGCUAUUAAUUGAAACAGAUCCAUGUCCACUCCGUGCAAUCGCUGCACAUGUAUACGAUUGAUCAUUUUUCGUUGAAAUUGUCAUAAUCUUCAUUGAUUGAAUUGGUAUUUUUUUGUGUUCGUCAAACAACAAUGGAUAAGAAUAACAAAAAUAAAGACGACGGGAUGGAGUCAGAUGACGACAUGGACGACGGCUUUGAUGAUUACUACAACAUGUCAGGAAACGGUUAUUCUGAUGAUGCAGCGGAGAUGUCCGCCGACAAUGAUGAUCUCGAGUUGUAUGAAGUGGAAAAUUUAACCGAAAAAAAAGUUGAAAGUUUGGUAGACGAGACUGUUACCAUUGCAAGUAAAAGUUUAAGUAUACCUCCUUCGCUGGUAAAAUUGCUUUUGAUAGCCAAUUAUUGGGAUAUCGAAAAAAUCACUUCAGAAUACAAGAACAAUGGUACAAAAUUUUUGAUCGAAGCGCAUAUUAUACCGGAUAAAAACGCGAAGAAAGAAGACGACAAUUCUUACAAUCAAACGAACAAUUCGGGUGAUAAUUUUUCAUGUCCUGUUUGUAUGUGCGACACGCCGGCUACGGAAACGUUGAGUUUACAGUGUCAACACAAAUUUUGUCGAGAUUGUUGGACCAGACACGUAGAAGUUAAAAUAACCGAAGGAUUUAGUACGGAGAUAACAUGCAUGGCACAUAAAUGUGAUCUACUUUUACCUGAAGACUUUGCAUUAAGUUUGCCAAUUUCAAGUUACCUUAAAGUACAAUAUCACACUUUCGCUUUUCAAAAUUACGUGAGAUCUCAUCCUUAUUUAAGAUUUUGCGUAGGACCUAAUUGUAAAAUGAUUUUCAAAGCCAACGAGGUGUUAGCGAAAAGAAUCAUCUGCUCUAGCUGUAAUACGAUGUUUUGUUUCAAAUGCGGCGACAGCUAUCACGCUCCGACGGAUUGCGUCACGAUUAAAAAUUGGCUAACCAAGUGCGCUGACGACAGCGAAACCGCUAAUUACUUGAGCGUCCAUACGAAGGAUUGUCCUCAUUGUAACGUAUGCAUCGAGAAAAACGGCGGUUGCAAUCACAUGCAAUGUUACAAGUGUCGGUUUGAUUUUUGCUGGUUGUGCCUCGGUGAUUGGAAAGGCCAUGGUACGGAGUAUUACGAGUGUUCGAGGUAUAGGGAGAAUCCUGAUCUCGCGAAUGAGAACGCGAAAGCCAGGGCUGCUUUACGAAAAUACUUGCACUACUACGAACGAUGGCAAAAUCACGCGAAAAGUCUUAAGUUGGAAGAAAAAACGUUGGAGAAGAUCAAAGAAAGAAUCAAUUCAAAGGUGAUGAAUGGGUCUGGUACUUGGAUCGACUGGCAGUAUUUGCUAGAUGCGGCGGCCUUAUUAGCUAAAUGUCGUUAUACGCUGCAAUACACGUAUCCUUACGCUUAUUACAUGACUGAAGGAUCAUUGAAACAUUUAUUCGAAUAUCAACAAGCGCAGCUCGAAGCCGAAAUAGAAAAUUUAUCGUGGAAGAUUGAACGAGCCGAAACCACAGAUCGCGGAGAUUUAGAAAAUCAGAUGUACAUAGCGGAGAAAAGAAGGAAGACUUUACUUAGACAUUUUUUCCAGCCUCAUAAUGUUCCUCAAGAAUAAAUUUUCUAGUUUAUUGGCUCAUUUUAUUUUUAACAGUGAUUUUUAUCAACUUCUUGUCAAUAAGUUUAUGAUUUUUGAAUAUUUAUAUUACAUAGAAAGAUUGAAUGUCUAUCGUAAGGUUAUACCUAAUAAAUUUUUUGUUACCGCAA